GAGACGGCGGCAAGCCCCCGGAGGGAAGCUUGGUUGCGGAGACACCGGUUACAUAGCGCUGAGUACGGGGUGCCCUUGGGCUCAGUCUGCGGAACUCUUGACGGGAGAACGCGCGGCGGCGGCGGCUUUGCAUCCCUUCCUCUAAUUCGCGUGUGACCAUGGGAGACGUUGAGAAGGGCAAGAAGAUCUUUGUUCAGAAGUGUUCGCAGUGCCACACAGUUGAGAAGGGAGGCAAGCACAAGACUGGCCCUAACCUUCAUGGUCUUUUUGGCCGAAAGACUGGUCAGGCCGAAGGUUUCUCUUACACAGACGCCAACAAAAGCAAAGGUAUAACCUGGGGAGAAGAUACACUGAUGGUUUACUUGGAAAACCCCAAGAAGUAUAUUCCAGGAACCAAGAUGAUAUUUGCUGGCAUUAAGAAGAAGGGGGAGAGGGCAGAUUUAAUAGCAUACCUGAAGGAGGCCACUUCUAACUAAUGGCUUCUGCUGCCUUAUUUAUUUCACCAAACAAAUGGAAAUGACUCUCUGAUGAGAUUGGUUUUUAAACUUUCUAUUUUUACAUGCAUUCUAUUGUAACAACUUCAAAAAGCCUUCUCGUCAGCCAGAGAACCUUGAUCAUGGAUGGUUCUUAACAUAUGUACGUGUUCUUGUAUUAUAAUUUAUAGAAUUGCACAAUCAGGCUUGAAUGAGUCCAGUCAGGGUGACUGUAGCGUUUCCUGAUCAUGUAAUUAAAAAACAAACAACCCCUGUCAA